CGCUCAAAGUGCACCAUUCAACAAGAUCAGGAGUCGAUUCAAAUCCAAAAAGAAGAGACUCUAGCUCUCCAAUUUUUCCUCUUUUACUUUGUCGAAAAUUCUUGUUAGAAUAUGGGUCUCAUCACUUACGAUAUGGAGAUCACCACCCCGAUUCCGCCAGCUAAGAUGUUCAAGGCGUUUGUUGUCGAUGGCGACGAGAUAUUCCCAAAGAUCCUCCCUCAAAUCUUCCAAAGCAUGAAUAUCGUCGAAGGUGAUGGAGGGCCCGGAACCAUCAAGAAGAUUACCUUUGGGGAAGCUAGUCAAUUCAAGUACGCGAAACACAUGGUCGAUGCCCUAGACAAGGAGAAGUUGACAUACAGCUACAGCUGGAUCGAGGGCGAUGCCCUGAUGAACAUAUUCGAGAAAAUCUCGUACGACAUCAAGAUUGAGGAGGGCCCCGAUGGAGGAUCCAUUUGCAAGAACACCAGCAAGUACUACGCCAUCGGUGACAUCCAGUUCAGCGAGGACCAAAUCAAGGAUGGCAAGGAAAAGGUGCUGGGCUUGUUUAAGGCUCUCGAGGGUUAUCUCUUGGCGAACCCUAAUGCUUGCUAAGAACGUAUACGUGCGUGGUCAUGACAAUCUAUUACCAGAAGAUUAUCGAUCUUAUGAUGUCUCCUGAAAGGGUGCGUGUCCCUUCAUGGUUUUUUUUAUUUUCAAUCUUGGUUUUAUGUUCAUAAGAAGGAGCCUCAGGCUUGCCUUCUGGCAAGUUCUAGAGGUCGUUCUGUUGUGUGAGUAUUUUGAGAAUGGUGUAUUGUCAUCAAAUAAAUUCAAGGGAAAUCAUCUUUCUAUUUUCUUA